GCAGAAUAUCCUCCGAGGGGCCGUUACUGAUCCCACAUCGCCAAAAGUCGCUGAAGGGUGCCAGGCCCGGUGAUGUGCUUUCAGGAUGAUUUCAAGGAGACUGGCUUACUCUAGGGAUUUUGAAGCUCCGGACAUGUGCCCAGCAUGCCAGGGUUGGAUUUUGUCCAGUGUUCGUUCCCAGGCCCUCGGGCGGUUACAGCUCAUCGGUUCCUCUUGUUACGGGCGGAGAUCGGACUACAUUUGGGACAGAAUCCUUUGGUAUUGUUAUACACGUCGUGGAGGACUCUACUCGCAAACUCAAAAUAGUCAGGCUAUAGUGAGGCUUUUUUCUCUUUCUUUACGUGAUGGUUGGUCUAUGUACACUAGUUCUCGAUCUUUUGUGAUCGACGGUGGGAUUCUCAUUAGGGGUUUCACCGGAAAAUCAGGAGCAUGGUCUCUUUCCGAUUCUGGCCUGCAUUGCGUGCCUUUCAAAAGUGAAGCGGGUGGCAAGCACUGUGCCUUCAGCCUGCUGCAGGAUUGCUGCUCCAGGGCGAGAAAGCGUGGGGAGCGGGAUUGAGGGGUUUCGGCGUUCCGUCCUUGGCCGAUGAGCCGACUUUCUAGGUUCGUACUUCGUAUUCGAGCACAACGUGGGGAUGGGCUGAUGUAACAUGAUCACGGCGAAUUCGGAGAGUGCUAAGCAACGGCGGGUCUAGCAACUGCGCAGCAAGAGUAUAAAAGAU